AUGGGGUGUCCUGAAGCUCACAAGGUUGACUAUGCCUCGUAUCAGCUGAUUGAUGAAGCACUAACUUGGUGGACGAGUGCAAGGGCUUUACUUCGAGCACAACAUGUUGAUCUUACUUGGGAGGUAUUCAGACGGGUCUUUCUGGACAAAUAUUUCCCUAAGGCUAUGAGGAGAAUGAAACACACGGAGCUUUUAGCACUGCGACAGGAUAAUAUGACUGUUAAUGAAUAUAUUGCAAAGUUUGGGCAGCUGAUGGAGUCUGCUAAUUUUGAUCGGAACAUUUAUGAUGAAGAAUGGCAGGUGGAAAAGUAUGAAAGUGGACUGCAUCCAGAGAUCCGCAAGCUUAUGUUGACUACAACAAAUCGUACUCUUCCUGAAUUGAUUAACCAGAGUCGGCAAGCGGAAGAGAUUAUAAAUGAAGCCAAGAAUUUGUCCAAACAGCCAGUGCAAUCACAAGGAGGAAGUAAAGUUGGUCGGUUCUUUAGAAAGAUUACUGGAAUGAAUAGAGGCAAGGGUCCACAGUUGCAACCUCAGACUUGA